GCAUAUCGCCGAAGCACCCGGAUGUGAGGCAGGAAGACCUGCGCAGACGUGCAGCAGCUACACAAACGCAUCAGCCCGGAGCGCAGCUGUCCGUCUGCGGUGUAUUAUCAUCUCUAUUCGUCUUUAAACCACCUGCUCGAUCGAUCCCCGCCGGGCAGGAGCAUCAUUGACUGUCCUGUGAGGUUUCAAGUGGAUCUUCAUGCCCUGGGUCAGCUGGACCACAUGGAUGACGGACAGUGGCAGAGCGACGGCCCAGUGAGGUGGGGAGGAGUAACAAACCCGGAGCUUCUGAACGACUCCGAGCCCAGCUGCAGUCCGGACGAGAACAAGAACCGCUUGGUGGAGGAAGCAGAGGAGGUCGAACAGGGUCCUCGGGGAGGGCAGAGGCUUCUCCUACAUGACAACACUAACGACAAUGGAGAAGAUGAAGAUUAUGAUUGUUCCAAGUUGGAUGACGAUGAGGAGGAUAAUGAAGAUGGGGAGGAAGAGAUGGAUAGUACCAGUGGAGUGUUUUCUCCAGAGCUGGACGGACACAUCCGAGAUUCGCCGACUCCCAGCCCCAGUCCCACAGUAUCAGAAGGUCUUGUCAGCCCAGAAGGAACCUUGCAUAAUGAUGCUGCUUCACCCCACGGCUUCAUGUGCUCCCUGGCUGUGACUCUACAGGACCUGGGGGCGCAGGGAGACCACCCGCUUCUGCCACAGUGCCUCCAUCAGAUUGCAGAGGCAUUCAUGUGUGAAGAGGAUUAUGAGAGAGCAGUCCGGUUCAUACAGUUAGAAAGACUUUAUCACGAACGCGUGCUGUCCAACCUCACCGCCAUACAGGAGCAAUGGGAGAGAAGCUGGAGUUUGAUUGGCGGGUGUCAGGAUGUUAGAGAAAGCAGAAGUGACCUGGAUGCUGAACCCCUGGAGAAACUGAGACAAAUCUGCAGGACACACAGGCAACCGGCACAGAACGCAGAGAAGUGCGCGGUGGUGUCCAAAGUCCAGAGGAACAGCGUGAUCAGAGAAGAGCCGCCAGAAGACCUCAACUCUCAACAACUUUCAUGCAGCUCAGGGACGGUUAUGGAAGAGCACAAUACAUCUGAUAUACUCGCCCAACAGGAAGUCAUCCAGCCUGACCAUCGUAGCAGCACUGCCUCACAAUCCCAGCAGUGUGAGCAUGACCCCUCCCCCUCCUUAGCCCCACCCCCUUCCUCCUCCUCCUCAGCAGUGACGGACAGCUCCUCCCCUCCAGCCUGUGAGGAGGCAAGAUCAAAAGAGGAGAGCAGAAGUCUGGAGGCUUCUCACGAGGAUGCAACAACACAUCCCGACCAUCCCGCUUAUGAGUCGCUUAUGGAUGCUGCUCAGUCAGGCAACGUCAAGGUCCAGCAGGCUCAAGCGGACACCGGAGCCGUGACGGAGCAGACGGGAGACACUGUGGACAAAGGUCAGGGAAUAGUGGAGACUCGGGGUGAGAAGGACGGUGGAGGAGAGAGAGAGGAGGUGGAGACUCUGAAGCUGGAGGAGACAGGAGAUAAUCAGGAAGUUCCUGAAAAUACUCCAGAGUUUAAUUUGGAGGAAGAUGGACACGGGGUGGAGUCACUGGAUGUUACGAGCGUGUCCACGCUGGACGACAUUGCCAAGCGCAUACAGGUAGAAGAGAUCACACCAGCCGCGGGCCUUGUGUCUAUCUUAAAAAGAAGGGUCUCGCUAGAAGGAGCCAACAGUCCUGCCCCCGCUGCUCCUAAACCUGUCUCCAAGCGUAAGGUCCGCUUCAGUGAGCCCUACGAAGGCCUGGACCACGAUGAGGUAGGCGGAGACUCUUGGUUGCUCCUCCUCUUGUUGUGUUUGGCAACUGUGGUGAUCAGUGUUGGCGGGACUGCACUCUACUGCACUUUCGGAGACGCCCAGUCCAGCGUGUGCACAGACUUUUCCCAUAACAUGGACUUUUACAUCGGCCGGGUGCAGAGAGGGGUGGACGAGCUCAAACACUGGCUGUCCCCGAGCUCAUAGCGGGACAACGAAGGACAAAAUGACUCUACGCUUGUUAAAGAGUCAUUUUUUUAUUUCAUCGGUAGACUCCAUGAUCUCUUAAUAAUCGAGUGGCAUGUAUGAACGUGUUAAACUGACAACACCUUCAGCACAACAGACUCCAUGGUGUGACCCAAAACAAUUGUUAUGUGUAGGAUUCAGGUCACUCGGUCACAGAAGACGCCCUACGAACCCUGAGCCCGCCUUUCAGGUUUGAAAAGGGGACGGCCGUCCUCCGAAAGACCUGAGAAAACCUCUUGGCCAGUGUUUGUUCUCGAGUAGCUCAAUGUUUACUGCCAUCCACUGAACCUCAUACAGAGAAACUUCGUUUUUAAAGCAAUCUUUAUAUUUGAUUGACAGGAUUUUCAUUCAUUCAGACAGUGAUCGACCAUCAUGGCACUAAAAACGAUGAUGGACGUAACCAUGUGUAGCCUGGACGUAGCAUUCUCCUGUGGUCGGCCUGGAUGGGCUAAUGGAAAAUAUUUCUAGGGACAGGAAAGCAAUACAUGAGAGUUCAAUCUUUUUAGAUACACUCGCAAGAACAUCCCGGGAAGACAAAUCUUGUUUGCCACAAUUGCUCAUUCUUUUUUUAUGGGUACACCGAAGAUAUAUUUUACACCGAAGAUUAUUUUGGGCUUGUUAAAAUAGCUGAUACAGCCACUCCAAAAUUAUUUUCAGUUUUUUUGACGCGUUUAGGUAAAACGAUCAUUUUUCUUUUUUUUCUGUAUAGUAGUUACAACAUUUCUACCCUAAAAUAUCUAAAUUUUACCUUUAAAAAUGACCAGGAUUUGUGCAUCCAUACCUCGUUCUCCAAUAUAUGAUGCCCUGCUGACUGUAUCUAGAGGAAAGUCUUAAAGAAGAGCUCGGUACUAGCACGAGAAUGUUGUGAUUUGAUCAUUUUCUCAGGCAUGGUCUUACUAAUCUUAACAGUUAAUGCAAUCAUGAUGUUAAAAAAUACUUUGCUUUUAUGUUAUUAUAACUUAACAUCUUGUGUUAAAUAAAUGUGUUUUAAGUCAGAUUAAGAUGCACCCUGUGUUUGUUCAACCCGAUGUGUUUCUCAUAGAACAUUUGUUAGGUUUCUUUUUAAAGCACAGACCUGCUUUGAUAGUGUCAACAUGUACAAGAAUUGUAACGUGCGGAUUUGAUUACAGCCGUUUGCUGUGGUCAUGUUCAUAAGUACAAGAACUGUAAAACAUUGUUUGGAGUUUUAUUUGUAUGUUAUCUGGCUGGUUCAGAUGACAUAUGAAUGUCUUAUUGUGUGAAUUUUCAGCAUUUAUUUAUUGCAGAACAGGAAGUCUUUUAGAACCACAAUGUCCGGCUGCAUGCACUCUCUCCUCUACUGUCUGUACGGAGACUAUUUGAACUUUUGGAACUUCUUCAUUUUAAUUUUGAGUAUAUAUAUAUAUCAUGUGAAGAUUGCUGUAUUUCCUUUAUGUCUGGUUCAGAUCUGUUCAGUUAUUGGCUUGGGAGAGAAUUUUUAAGGUAAAUGCAAUGAGAUCUCUUUGACCAAAAAUACCUGGCAAAUAAAUUUUAAUGUUGUGA